CAACGUUGCAACGAAGCCGUGUGUGUAUUUAACAAGACGUGUGUAUACUGUGAUAAAUUCUGAGACGGUAAGGCCUCAGUUUUGCCCUUUCUCAACACGACCCAGAAAGGAUGUCUGAAAAACCGACCCGAAUUGCAAUAGUGAAUCAUGAUAAAUGCAAGCCAAAGAAAUGCAGGCAGGAGUGCAAGAAGAACUGCCCGGUGGUUCGAAUGGGAAAACUGUGUAUCGAGGUCACCACACAGAGCAAAAUCGUAUGGAUAUCUGAAUCACUCUGUAUAGGAUGUGCUAUCUGUAUUAAGAAAUGUCCAUUUGGUGCUUUGGCUAUCGUCAACCUGCCGAGCGACCUGGAGAGAGAGACCACCCACCGAUACUGUGCCAACUCUUUCAAACUGCACAGGUUACCAAUCCCCAGACCCGGAGAGGUCUUAGGGCUGGUUGGUACAAACGGCAUUGGGAAAUCAACAGCACUUAAGAUCCUCGCCGGAAAACAGAAGCCCAACCUGGGGAAAUAUGAUACGCCCCCAGACUGGCAGGAAAUCCUGGCUUACUUCCGAGGAUCCGAACUGCAGAACUACUUCACAAAGAUCCUGGAAGACGAUCUGAAAGCCAUCGUGAAGCCGCAGUAUGUUGACCAGAUCCCAAAAACUGUCAAGGGCAGCAUAGGCUCUAUUCUGAGCAGGAAGGAUGACACUAAGACAGAGGCUAUAGUCUGUGAGCAACUCGAUCUGACCCAUAUCAGGGACAGGAAUGUUGAGGAUCUGUCAGGAGGAGAGCUGCAGCGUUUUGCCUGUGCAGUGGUGUGCAUCCAGAGAGCAGACAUUUUCAUGUUCGAUGAACCCUCAAGUUACCUGGACGUCAAGCAGCGUUUAAAAGCUGCCAUCACCAUUCGCUCCCUCAUCACACCAGACAGAUACAUAAUUGUGGUGGAGCAUGAUCUGAGUGUUCUGGACUACCUGUCCGACUUCAUCUGCUGUCUGUACGGCGUACCCAGUGCCUACGGCGUUGUGACCAUGCCCUUCAGUGUGCGAGAAGGCAUCAACAUUUUCCUGGACGGAUACGUGCCGACUGAGAACCUCCGGUUCCGUGACACUUCACUGGUUUUCAAAGUAGCCGAGACCGCCACCGAAGAGGAGGUGAAGAAGAUGUGUCGUUACCAGUACCCGGAUAUGAAGAAGACCAUGGGUGACUUUGAGCUGCAGAUCGUCGAAGGCGAGUUCACCGACUCUGAGAUCAUGGUUAUGCUUGGAGAAAACGGAACUGGCAAAACUACUUUCAUCAGGCUGCUCGCUGGCCGAUUAAAACCGGAUGAUGGAGGUGAUGUCCCGGUCCUUAAUGUCAGCUACAAACCUCAAAAGAUCAGCCCCAAGUUCAAAGGUAGCGUGCGCGCCCUGCUGCACGAGAAGAUCAGGGAUGCGUACACACACCCUCAGUUCGUCACAGACGUCAUGAAGCCUAUGCAGAUCGACAGCAUUAUCGAUCAGGAUGUACAGAACUUGUCCGGAGGAGAGCUGCAGAGAGUAGCGCUCACUCUGUGUCUGGGGAAACCUGCAGACGUCUACCUGAUAGACGAGCCCUCGGCGUACCUGGACUCAGAACAGCGGCUGAUGGCUGCCAGAGUUAUUAAACGAUUCAUCCUCCACGCAAAGAAGACAGCGUUUGUAGUCGAGCAUGACUUCAUCAUGGCCACGUACCUGGCUGACCGCGUUAUCGUGUUCGACGGAGUUCCGUCACAGAGGACGACCGCCAACACACCACAGAUGUUGCUCGCAGGAAUGAACAAGUUCCUUUCACUUCUGGAGAUUACGUUCAGGAGAGACCCCAACAACUUCAGACCAAGAAUCAACAAGCUUAAUUCAAUUAAGGAUGUCGAACAGAAACGAAGCGGUAACUAUUUCUUCCUCGACGAUUAGCCCUGUCCUUCAUAAACCCAGAGACUGAAGGAGGUGAUGUGACACACUGCCGCUUCUAAGGUCUACUCUAACGCCGUCUCUGCUCGUAGAUGGGUUUGUGUUCCCAUCCAUGAAAGAAACACUGUUUAUCUUUAUAAAAUUCAGAAAGACCACAUUCUUUUAAAAACUUUUAUCAUUUUAACAGUGUGGUUCUUUUUAAUCAAAUUUCAGUGACCACUAGAGGGCAGCAGACACACAGUACUGCUGUCUGUGUGUGGCUCAAAUGUCUCCUGUCUUGUAUUAUGUGGAUUAAAAGUGAUGUAUAAUUGA